AUGCGGUUACUCAUGUUCGUCGCACUGUUAGGGGCGGCGGCCGUGACGAUGGUGAGCUGUGAGAUGCAUCGUCAUCAGCUUUUGGGAAAUGGCUAUGUGAACGUGACUAUGGAAUCACGGACGUGUUUGAACAAUAAGCCGUUGUCCGUGCCCGUCCUGCUGGUGGGCGAAGCGUCAGUGGCAGGUGCACCGCGGAGGAAUUUCAGUAGUGACAAGCGGUUCUUAGCAAUGGACGGAAUAAAAAACCCUACAGACAAGAUAGAUGCCGACGAGAGGGGCCACCUGGUGGCGUCCACGAUCGGCGGCCCGCCCGACGACACCUGGAACAUGGUGCCGCAGCGAACGAGUGUGAACCGGAAGAUCUCAAAAGAGAGCAACUUAAUGGGCCGAUGGGACGAGUUCGAAGCGUGGAUGGUGGAGGAGAUCAAAGGAAAAGCAACUGUUUAUUUCACGAUCGAGGUGAAUUACGAGAGAGCCAGCGGCUGCCGGCCGGUCAGUUUUAAGGCGGAUGGCAGGUCCAACGCUAAACCCUCCACGGGUUACAGAGCCAUAUUCGACAACAGGCCGGGCGGACCUUUCGGCGCGGUCGCGCAGACGCAGAAGCAAAUGAAAGACAAGAAGCCGUGA